CAGGAGCCGCCUCCAGCCCCCGCUGCGGCCCGGGCCGGGGGACGCGGGGCGCGGGCGGCCCGGUACGGGCGGGGAGGGCUCGGCUGCGGCAGCGAGCGUCCCCGCGGGACGGCCGCGCGUCAUGGUGGACUACUACGAGGCGCUGGGCGUGAGCCGCAAUGCCACCGCCGACGACAUCAAGAAGGCGUACAGGAAGGCAGCGCUGAAAUGGCACCCGGAUAAAAACCCAGACAACAAGGAAUACGCUGAGCAGAAGUUCAAAGAAAUCGCGGAGGCCUAUGAAGUGCUGUCAGACAAGCAGAAGCGCGAUAUCUAUGACCGCUAUGGCAAAGAGGGCCUCAUGGGGGCAGCAGGACCAGGGGGCUCCAGGGCCGACGCCGGGGCCCCCGAGUUCACCUUCACCUUCCGCAGCGCCCACGACGUUUUCCGGGAGUUUUUCGGCGGGCGAGACCCCUUCGCUGACUUCUUUGACGAGAUGCUGCCCUUCUCCGAGCUGCGAGGAGCUGGCCACCGGCACCACGGAGGGGGCCACUUCUUCUCCCCGUUCCCUGGCUCCUCAGACUUCUUCGCCUCGUCCUUCAGCUCCGGUGCCGACGCGGGGCUGGGUUUCCGCUCCGUCUCCACCUCCACCACCUUCGUCAACGGCCGGCGCAUCACCACCAAGCGGAUCAUCGAGAACGGGCGGGAGCGCGUGGAAGUGGAGGAGGACGGGGAGCUGAAGUCGAUCCACAUUGACGGUGUCCCAGACGACAUGGCGCUGGGGCUGGAGCUGAGCCGGCGGGAGCAGCAAGCCUUCCCCAGCCCGCGCCCCCCCUCGCCCCCGCCGCCCGCCCCGCACCGGCCCCAGAGCUCCUCGCCCGUCUGCCUCUACACGGACAGCGAGGACGAGGACGAGGACUUGCAGCUGGCCAUGGCCUACAGCCUGUCCGAGAUGGAGGCCGCGGGGCACCACCGAGCAGGUGUGUUCUGAGGCUGCUGCGCCCGGGGGACCGCGCACGCCCGCUCGCCCACGGAGGCUCUCCGAGCCAGGACUCCGCUUUGUCCCUGCACGGCCACCCCCUGCCACCCCCUUCCCCAGCACCCCCUGCCUCCGUGGGGUUGGGGGGGGACGGGCCCUAUGGCCAAGCAGUACCUGGGGGGGUUUUGGGGAGGGGGAACCUCAAGCGUGCCCUGGGGAGGCAGCAGGAGGGGGUGAUGGGGGGGCUGGAGCAGGGGGUGCUGUAGCUUAGCCCCAGCUGGCUGCUGUUGGGGUGCACCCGAGGAGGUGGGGGGGAUAUGGGGGGGACGGGGGGGCAGGCAGUGAAGGGCAGCAAGGCAGCAGUACCAGGCUGUGCCCCUGUAGCCCCCCCAGACCCCGUCUGCCCACAGCAGUCAAUAAACCUGUUUGCAGGAGCUGCCGCAUGUGGGGUGUCUCUGGCGUGGGGGCAGCCCCAAAACGGGGUGCAGGGUCCCCCCCUGCCCCUGCCUGGGGGCAGCUCUGGGCUCUGCAGCACUGGGGGGGUGCAGGCUGUGCUCCCGGGGGGUGCUUCAGAGCCCGCCACCCCUGCGUGUC